UUGGCUUGGCCGCGUUCUGCUGUUAUUUUGGGGAGAAAAGAAAGAGAAGGCCGCGCCGGGCGGUCUAGUCACGUGACGAGUCCAUUCAGUUUCAGGCAGAGUGAACGCCGCCGGCGGCCGGUGCCGUGUGAUUGCCAAUUUGCCUGCACCGCCUCGGCACUGUAAUGUUACAUGGCAGUGCACAUCCAAUCUGCGUGCUCGCGUGGCGCAGGAGAGCGGCAUUUGAUUCCUUCUUCCCUUUCAUCCUUUGCAAGUUAAAAUGCAGCACGGUAACACGCUUUUCCUUUUAGCUGGUGCCUUUGGUAUAUGAGACACAGACUCUGCGAUUGUCAGUCCAGCCGGUGUCCUCUACGACCAGAAAUCUUCUUUUCUUUACCACGAACAAACCACCCCCUUGUUGCUGGGCCUGGGAAUCGAUCUCUCGUCUUUCUUCGCCACGACUCCCCUCUUCCUCCCCUCCUCGCCCUCUCGUCGUCUUCUUCGCCACAAGUCUCCUCUUCCUCCCCUCCCAUCUCCUCCCGGCUCCAUGGCCAUGCAUACACCACCGUGGGAGGAGCUCCCUGCCGACGUCCUUAGGAUCGUCUUCUCCAGGGUCGCAUGCCGUGCAGACCGCCAGGUGAUGGCCGGGGUCUGCGGGGCUUGGCGCCGCGCCGUGAAGGUGAAGGUAGCAACAGGCCAGCCGCCACGCCCGCGCCAGCUUCCCUGUCUGCUGCGCCCCAACGGUGGUGAUUCCUCCGUCUGCUGCCUGCUCUGCUCCGGCGGCCACGGGAUCAGCGUCGUCCACGCCGCCCACCUCCCGCAGCAGCCCGUCGACGCACGCCACGCCCGCUUCUUCGGGUCUCACGACGGCAGCUGGGCGUUCCUCGCCUCCGCCCAAACAAGCGGCCACGUCCUUCAGAAGUUCGGCACCGACACCAUCAUCCCGCUCCCCGACUUCAUGGAUGUGCAGGGAGGAGAGAGCUCCUCCAUCGUCCACCUCGCCGCGACGCUCUCGCACCAGCCGGGCCACGCCAGUUGCCUCGUCGCGGCGAUCGUCAAGACGUACCCCAUCGAUGUCAUGUCUUUGAGAGCUGUCGCGUUCUGGCGCAUGGACCAUGGCACCAUGGCCUCCGAGCUCCACAGAACAGAGAUCGAGGCUAUGGAGCCAGAGGACAUCAUCUUCCACAAGGGCGUCCUUCUCGUCCUCACCCAGCAGGAGAAUCUACUGGCGUGGAUCCCAGAGUACACGGACGAGGGGCGUGGAGUCGAGAUGCACGGACCGGAGCACCGCGCCUGCGGCAAGCCCAGGAUCUACAACGAACUGGCCGUUCAGUCACGGUACCUCGUGGAGUCCCAGAACUGCCUACUGCUGAUCGUGAGAUACAGGGAGGGUCAUCCCACUUCUUCCACCCAAGAACUCAAGAUAUUCCAGCUGGUGGAGCUUGAGAUACCGGAUGAGAACGGUAUUAUGAUGACACGUUACAAUUGGGUAGAGCUGUUCUCUCUGUUUGGCGAGAUGAUCUUCCUUGGGCGAGGCUGCUCCAGAUCCUACAAUGUGUCCAACUACCCGGGCUUCACAGAAGGCGUAUACUUCCUGGACGACGGGAGCUUCUACCAUGCUGACCUCCUGUCCCAUGACGCUGCCGACCAGAAGUACACCUGCAGUGACAAUGGGAGGUGGGUGAACCUCCAGGUCGACCGCUGCUUCCCGCCGGAGCAAAGCUGCUCCUGCUCUCCUCCGAUUUGGGUUCUCCCUUGAAGGGAUUGUGGUUACUUCUGCAAUUUUACUCUGCUGUAAGCUGAAGUACGGUUCCUUGCAUGAAUGACUUUCAGCUUAGAACAUUUAUUUUGAGCAUUGCCUCUAUUGUCCUUGUCACAUUUCUGAUAAUUCCUGAUAAUUCAGUAGCUCUCUAAAUGUCAGUGGAUGAUUGCAGAUAUCUUCAUGUUGCUACGCUUGU